GUGACAUCGAAAACUUUGCAGUAAGACUAGGACUCAAUAAAUUCACAAAAAAUAAAGAUGAGUGGAAGAAAUUUUAUGUCUUCGCUGGCUCAGAUUUCGUUUGGCCUCAACCCCCGACGGACAUUAAUGAGCGUCGCUUAAUUUUUGAUUAUGUCAUCGAUCCAGAUUGGGAUUCAAUCGGGGAGGAACUCGCCACAAAUGCACUUGAAUAUCGUCAUUUACUCGAAUCCGACACUCUUGAUCCAUUGCAAGGUACACAUAUAUUAAUCGUUCAUGGGAAAUUUGUUAGGUACGGAUCAAGUAAAGAAGAAAAGAAAAUGAGGGAGGAUUAUCCGGGGUGCUAUUACGUACCUGUUAAAGAACGUAUUGUUGAAUUGCGUAGAUUUUCAGCAUCUGAUACUAAUACAAAUGCAGGUGCAGAGAAAGAGUGGCAG